GCAAUGUCAAUCAUCUAUUGCUUUGAUAUGUCCACAACCAGAGAUGAUAUGAAGAAAUCCUUUAAUUUAUUAAAUAAAAUAUUAAAAAAUCCCUAUGUCAGGGGUAAACCUGUACUUCUGGUUGCAACAAAAGCCGAUCGGACAGAUGAAAGUAUACAAUUGUAUGAUAUUGAAAAUGCCUUCCAUUUGCAUCGAAUGGCUAGCAUGUAUGGCAGUACCAUAAAACUAUGUAUAUACGAUCCUAGAACUGAGCAUAUGGAAUCGAAUAGAAGUAUAAACAUUAAAGCUGGCCUAAAUUGGCUGGUAAAAUUCGUAGUGGAUAAUUACGAUGUUAUACAAAUACGUUUAAGCUGUGAUAAAAAUAUGAAGGACUGGGAACAAAAUCGUGACAAACUUGUGACCGAAGGAAAACUUAAUUUUCGUGCAUAUCAAAGGUUUCCCAAAGCUUCCAAUCGUCAUAAAAUUUGGCGUUUGUCUCACAAACGUUUACGACGUAGUUUAAUACGACCACGUACUGCUCCGCCAAAGUUAAGUUUCAUCUCCACAAUGAAACAGAAUAAUUUAGCUGAUCCGAAAAUAUCUUCUUCCAACCAGAUUUCAUUAGCUGACACAAGUAAGGUGCCAAAUGGUGUACUGCCGCAUGAAGAUACAUAUACUGAAAUUCGAU